CGAACCUCAUGCCCGAAGCCACUGACUUAUGCUUGCAGAUGUAUAGCCGGAGCAUAUCCGAGUAGGGAAGGGACGCUUCCCCUCCCACGUCGCUACCUCGGCAUGGUUCUCGCGCUGCGCCCUCAUUGUCCGCCUGCUCAGCCUCGACGACGGAAGGGCGAUGCCGAGCCGGCGGCGUUAGGCGUGCCUGCCUGCUUGGGUGGCUUGUGAGUCCAGCAAUUGCCCGAGGGUCCACCAAAACGUCCUCUGCUUCCUACCAGAACCUCCACUGCGCCUCACCGCCAUCUUCUCCUCGUCGCUGACACCUGCAUCUCUGGGACGAUGUGGCCUAACACAUUCUCACCAUCCUAGAAAUCAGCCAAGACGAGACCUCUGCGAGUCAGAGAACGCGCUUCGACCCCGCCGAGUCUGAGCGCUCGUGCCUCUCGGUCGUAAGCUGACGAUACCCUGCCGUACGCCAUGGCGUCUUCGACGGGAAAGCCUGCUUCCUUUCCAGAUCCGUCAUCAUCAUCGCCAGAAUCAUCGUAUUCGUCGUCAUCCUACCUGGUCACAGCAAUCAUUUGUCUCGUUGCCUUUCUCGUCCUCUUCGGAGCAAUCCUCCCGCGCAUACCCAGGCUUUUCCUACGCGGCAGACUACGAGUGAAGUGCGUCGGUUUGAGAGGCUUGAACGGCCUGGAAUGGAGAUCGAAUGGAUUUGGGAAAAUCUCAGGUGAUCGAGGAGGAGAGCACAGCGGCGAUGGCCAACCACCUGAAGGCCUCGUGGUCAAAGUACAGCGCAUCUACAUCUCCUUUGGCCGGAAGAGGCUAGAUGAGAGCCCAAAGAGCAAGCAGGGUCGCGCAAGGAGCUGGCUCACCAUCAAUGUCCAGGGCGUAGGCGUUCGUCUGCCUCGCUCACCCACAGAUGAAGCCUCGAAGCAAAGAAAGCUCGAGCAGGCCAAGGUCAAGGCUGCAGAAGAAGAAGAGGCCGCCAAGAAGUUGCAAGAGGAAGAGGACCAGAGAAUGGAAGCUCUGGUACGAGGCGACAGCCCAGCUGCCCCCAGAGCUGGCCCCGAGGAGGCGCAAACAACGAGCGGAGACGACAAGGCCAAUGAGGGUCCUGCGCCAUGGUUCGAGUCAAGCUAUUGCUGGCUCUCGCUCCGAGCAUAUCCCGCCAUUCGCUGCAGGCUCUAUCAGGCUGCCCGAGCCAUCACGUUCUGCAUCGUCUCAAGUCUGCCCGCACUCAUGUCUUUCAUCGGGAUCGAGGUACACCGAGUGGAAGUCUACCUACAGGAAGUCGAGUCUGUUGUGAGAGUAGAGGAUGCUGGCGUAGAGUUGGCGAUGGCUCUGGUCACAGAUCGAGAGCAUUCGGGACCUAUGGGGAAGGACCGACGGGACGCUGGCAGAGUCAAAGAGCCGCGUCAACACUAUCGCCGUUUGUCAGAAGCCAUCAUCAACGUCGGUCAUACCGCCAGGGGGGCUGCGACUUCCAUCACCGCCGGCCUUCCUGCUGGAAAGGGCAGCCUCAUAAUCCGUGUAAGCGGUGUCGAAGUCUUCGAAGCCGAUCUGCAUCCGGAUGACAAGUCACGUUCCUCUCGAACCUCUGCUCGUCGUUCCAGUCAGGACUCCUCUUUAUCAUGCUCGUCGACGCGCUUUACGUCGGACACUGGUUGGGCGAAGGGUGGACAAACCGUCAAUGCUACCAUUCCCCUGGCUUCCAAGCUUCUUUGUUUGCCAGAGGUAACGCGCUUCGAGCUCGGCCUGCGGAUAGGCACGAGUCUCAACUUCGGAGGACGAGAGACUGUGGAGACUUCGCUAGAUCUGAGCAAAGCUGAUGUCGGCCUCGAUGCAUUAUACCGCAUCGUUCGAAUCGUUGAGGAUCGCAAGGCCCUACGUAGUGGCCCUAUGCCAACUGUGGCAGGAGCAGGGGGAGAUCGCUCGGCCUUUUCCCGUCAUUUCGCACAGCAGCGCAGAGAGCCUGCUGAGAAAGCUCUUGCUGCUCUGCGGACUCUCUCCGUCACAAUGCCUCAAAUCUCCUUCAGAUCUGAUACGAGACCUGGCGCGAGCGAGUUCUCGAUGGAUUCCCUCUCCGAAGAAGAGAGAAAGCGGUUGCCCUCUGCAAUCUACGUGGGUGGAAACAUCAAAGGCAUUCACGUCUCACUGAAGAACAGUGACCCGUCGGAAAGCAAGCAUCAACAUUGGCUUGGCACUUGUGGAACACACAAUCAUAGGCCCGUUGAACAUCGUCGCGCCUUCCUUGUUGAUGCUGGCUUCUCUUCUCUGCAAUUGUCGUGCCGAGUCGACGAACAGAAGGAGAGAUCAGAGUUCCUCCACCUGGACGAGCUGAAUGUCCACGUUCGGUCUACUUGGACUCCCUUUGGUCUCUUCCCUGCCUCACUUGAUGGCAAAGAGGCUUGCAGACGCUUCUUCCAAGGUGACCCCAACGAACAGUCCCUCCUUGCCGAGAUCAGCUUGGAAAGGAUCAGAGGAGAUGUGAAGCUCGACUGCGCAGCUGCCCUCCUGACGUACGUAGAGAUGAGGCGAGCUGAGCGGAGAGCAGUCAUCAAGAGGUUGAAAAUUGAUCGCCCUUCGCGGGAGACGGCAUUCGAUACACUCCUACGUCACGUACCGAGGCUGUCUAUUGGAUUGGAAGUUGGAGAGACUGCCUACCGGCUUGAUGCAGGCCGGGCACUCUCCUCCGAUUCUGCGCAGGACGCCAGCCUCAUGUUGAAGGUGCCAUCAUUCCACGCGGCUUUCCACGGCUCCUAUCGUGAUGCAUACAUCAGACGCAAUGAUAGGGAAAGAGCCGCGGCUUGGAAGGCUCUUGAAAAGGACGAGCUGGAAUGGUCACUCAAGAGCACGUACGAUAGUGAGGGUCCUGGAGCUUCCUCGCCUCGUACGCCCUCUUCUGGCUUCUCUGCCUUUGUCGGUAGACUCCGAGGUGGUAGUUGGUCUCCAACACGACGGUCGCGAUCAGCUUCCAAGACAGAGGAGCGGGGCAAGAAUGUCCCCUCACCGAACGCCGAUGAAGGUGGCAUGUCCAUUGAAGAGGCGGUGACAAAGAUGAACGAGAUUAUGAAGACCGAGGGUGAAGAGAAGAGGGUAGCUACAGAGCGGCAAAAGUCAAAGGAAGAUUCUCGCUUGGGAGCCCAAGAUCGAGAGAUCAUCAUUCCUGGCACCGCCGAUGGCAAGCCCGGGGAGCCUCAAGUCGUCAAAGUACCUGCGCGCCUCGUCCGCAGACCCUCUCUUGCGCUUAAUGAAGACUGUGGCAUCAUAUAUGACUUCGAAGGCAAUUUGACUUGUCCAGUCAUCGAGAGCUUCUUUGUCUUCACUGGCCCCGACGCUCGUCAGUCUACGAACGGCGAGGGCGGUGAUGCACAUCUGGUUCGGAGACAGCUGCUGGCGAUCAACAAUGUCGAUGCAUCGGCAAUUGGCGACAUACCUGGCAUACAAGAGCUCGGGACCAGCCGUCCUAUCUUGAGACUCACUGGACAUCACACAAAGGUACGCGGCUUUGUUGAGGAAAUCGACCUCGAGCUCUGGCAUCCCCGGGUCUUCGAGGCGAUGCAAGCAACUAUGCGGGAGAUCCAGAUUGCUCGGCGCCCCUUCGUGACCUCCGCGGCGAAGGAAGAGUACCAUGAGCCCGGCGAGUUGGGUCACCAGCCCUCGGCUUUUGCCCAGACUGCCAAGGUGGUGCACCUCAUCGACAAGUUCCGCCAUGGCCUGGACCUCUGGUUGUCCAUCGGCGGAGUACUAGCGCAUGUAGGAGGCAACGAUCCCAAGUGCGAUCCUCACCUCUGUCGCGGUGUAGGUUUCGAGGCUCGUAGAAUCGUCAUCGAAUUUGUCUGUCAAAAGAAAGCCCCUGAGCUGCUAACAACCAAGGCAGACUGGGGCGCGCGCAGCGCUUUGAUGCUACCGGAGGACCUCGUCAUGACUGCCAAUGCCCUCGCAUUGCGGCAUGGCAAGGCUGCGACUGGCAAGAUCAGUCUGUACGAGAUUGGCCUCUUCCCUCUGCUAGAUGUUGAAGAGGCGACUCUUCUGGUGAAUGAGGAUCUGAAGAGCCGCUAUGGAUCUCCAAGUCGAAGUCGGAGGCAGAAAACGCCUUCUGACGAUGAGGGAGAGGACGAGGAGGAGGCCACUGCAAUCUUCGCCGAUGCAAUUUGGGACUUUCACGAUCGUCAGCCAGCCUUCGAGACUUCUGCUCGUCGUCGCUACAAUCAAGAGGACCGCGCAAAGAAUUACAUCUUCUGGAUGCCUUACUCUGCUACUCGAGUCACAAUUCGGCCACCUGUACUCAAGCCGACUUUGGUAGCAAAACACUGCGAGGAGCUCACCAUUGAAUCUGAUGGCACAAGACUGCUGUCUUUCAGGAUUCAGUUGCUUCACUCGUACUGCAUCCUGAUCGCUGUGGCCGCUCUCAGGCGCCUGAAACCGGACAGUGCAGAAGCAGCGGUAGACGAGAAUGAUCGUUCUCUCGACGACCAACCGGAAGCUGCACCAUCCAGCAAGCUGGCGCGACCGAGCAUCUUUGUUGACCUGGGUGUAGCUGAUGUCCACGUUUUCGUCGACUUACCCGAGAACGUUAAUCUGUUCCUCCACAUCCGCCGCCUGGAUCUUCGAUGGACGGACGCCGAAGGGGGAUCAAUGCUCUGGGAGUCGCUCAUGGGGGCAGUCGAGUCGCCACGAGUGAUCGCAUCCGGACAAUGGGAGGAGAUGGUUCGCCUCAGAGAUUGGAAAGUGUCGGUCAACCCCAAUGGAGGACCUGAUGGUAAGCUCAAGGUUUACGUCAACGGCGAUGGCGCCAGUGUUCGUAUACCAUAUGGCUACGUUGUUCAUCACAUCAUCGACAGCACCUCGGUCGCCUUCAAGGCAACAAAGCAGCUUGUGCACCAGUUCGUCAAGGGUGGAGAGGACUCAAUCAUCAUUCCCGUCGGCGAGGACCCUAAGCAUGUCCCCUACGUGGACGUCAACAUCCGCAUCCUCACAAUCGAGGCGCAAGACGAUCCCAUCGAGACCAGACUCAACAUUAUCUGGCGAGCUGGUGGAGAUGAGAACCGGAUGAGGCUGGAGCGGGAAGAGGCAUUUGCAGCCAAGCUUGCCAAGCUCGAAGCAGAAAAGAAGCUACGGUCAGCUUCGAGGAGCUCAGUAUCGUUGCAGAGCAGUCGCGGUACUUCCAAAUCGCGUCCCAGAUCAAAGUCGAUUCACAGCCGGUCCAGUCGGAGCGAAGAUGAAUCUGACGAGACUAGCGGCAGCGAGACGGAGACGUCCCAGUCAGACAUUGAUAUCGAGGAGCAUAUCCAGCAGGCUCGCAGUAGGCUCGAUGCUUACAAUUCCUCGAGCUGGCUCCGCCGCUAUGCCAAUGCACGAGCAGAGCAGGGCAAGCGUGAAGACGCAAUGGUAAAAAGCAUCUUUGGUCGAUUUGCAGCCAAGGCUGCUGUCGAGCUACCCAUUGAGAUGGUCCAGCCGAGCCGAGCUGCGCCGCUCUUCCGCUCUAGUAUGUCCAAGGUCAAGGUCUCUGUAGGGCCCACGAGCUUCCCUGAGGAUCAACUACGCGAUUGGAUGCAUGAGCAGGGCAAUGGCACCCCCAAGGACCUGCCGUACAGCUUGUUGGUGCCCUUGCACCUGCGCUGGACGAUGGCGGAGUGGCGAUGGGAGCUCCGAGACUAUCCCAUCCCGCUCUUGCACAUUCCGCCUUUGAAGGCAGAUCAGGGAGAACACCUCCCAGCCUUUGAGCUCUUUGGGGACAUUUGCAUCGCUGAACACAUCUCCGAGGGCACCCAAUCCAUUCGCCACGUCCCCGCCAUCAUCGUCCCCGCCGCCACGGGACAUCCGGAUGCCUCUGAAUUUGGCAUCAACGUUCCCAAAGUCGCAAUGCCGGUCAAAUUCUACGGCUCACCAGUCGUCGACAUCAAUUCGGCGUACCCGACUCGCUUCGCAUGGGGUCAGAGUAUUCAGCCUGCCAUUGCCGACAUGGUAAGGGUCUUUGACGGAAUCAGCAGUCCGCCACCAGAUCCUUCGCCCAAGCUCGGAUUCUGGGACAAGCUUCCCCUCAUCAUUCAGAGUCGUAUCCACCUGCGCUGGAAGAACAAGGGGGAAUUGCAUCUCUAUCUCAAGGGUAGUCGCGACCCGUACUCGAUCAGUGGCAAUGGAGCAGGCUGGGUCAAGUGCUGGCGAGGUGACGUCGAGGUCAGAAUUGGCUUCAAGAAUCCAGACGGAGAGUUCUUGCAAUUCAUCAGUGACCAGUACAUCUUGGCUAUUCCAGAUCUGCGAGACUAUCAAGAUAAAGCUGCCAUGGGGACAAGCGACAAGAGUGCUGCCAAUGAGGAGAAGUCUGGCAAAGACGGGCGCAAGGAAGACGGCAGUACCAAGGGGCAAAGUAGCACUCUCUCCGAUGAGGCCAAGGAGAUGGUAGAUGGGAAACCCUCUUUGGCUACCGAUCAGUCUCGUCGAUACAUGAAGGAGCCUCAAUUCUCCAAGAUCGUAAUCAAGCUCACGAAUGGUGUGAGAUGGGGAGCUUCCCUACGACACGAACACACCUGUCGUGAUCAUAAUUGCAAGCAAGAGAAGAAGUGCUCUGGUCAAAAUUUCUACCGAGCCUGUCGCUUCUUCGAUCGUCGGCCGCAUUGGACUGUCAUCCAGCGCAGCAAAGAAUACGUGGCUACAUUGCCAGAGGACGAGCGCCACGGUGAUUCCUUCUAUGGAUGGCGAUCUGACUUUGGUCAUCUGGCGCUCUCUAUCUACUCUCCUAGAGAUGGACUCGAGGUCGACGGUGUCCGUCGCGGUCACUCGGGCGGCGGCAAUAAUCUCUACUUCUCGCCAUUGGCCUGGCAGCACUUCUGGGCGUGGCUUAGGCUGUUCGACAGCGCGAUGGGUCUGCCCAUUCGGCAAGGGAGGCUGUUCCCGACGGGUCCUCCACCCUCGCCCAAGUUCGGCCGUAGCCUGGCAACGAUCAAGUAUCGCUUCGACAUUUCUCCUCUCUACAUUUCCCACUUGUAUCAUCAGCAUUCGCGAUCAGACUGGGCAAAGGGACUCAACACCAUUCUCGGUGUCAAAGCUCGUCUGGGCGCCUUCCAUGUGGACAUGCACCAGCGCCAACAAGAGACGAUCAAGGAGCGACCAGAGCUGCAGGAAGCGAAGAAGGUCUUCCAUAAGCCCUUCUACGAGGCGGAAGCCGACCUGGGCGACAUCGACCUCCGAGCGCUCGUAGGUAGAUUCCGUGACUCGUCGAAGCGUCUGGUCGAUUACGUAAAUGCUGAUGUUGGGGCGGACGAGGACACGAAUCUACUCGACGACGGCUCAGUGGUAGGCCCGGAAGACCUCGAGUGGGUGGACCUCAAUGACUUUGUCGAGGUGGACUAUACGCCCAAUGAUGAUGAGCCCCCGGAAAUCCGCCUGAUCCAGGCUCUCACCUGCCCAAGAUUCAAUUUCUACCGACGCUUUCACACGCACAGUGAGAGGCGAGACAUGAAGAAAGGCAAGGAGGACGAGCAAGCGCCCGAAGCAACAGAAGAGUCCAAAUUCGGCAACGAGGACCCAGAGACGCACACCUGCCUGAUCGGAAAGGCUCCUCUCAACUUCCACGUCCAAGCCGAGUUGGCCAAAGCUCGGGUGAGCGUUCUGAAAGAGGAACUUGACAAGCUCGAUCAAACAAGGAGCCGCAACUCGGACGCUGUCAAAGAUCUGCGCAAGCGGAUCAAAUUGAUCGAAGACUAUUGUAAGGCGCUCGAGAAGGGUGACACCUUCGAGAUUAGGGCAACACGGCGCGGUAAUCGAUGGGACAAGGACAAGGCCGAAGCGGAUGAUGAGUCUCCCCGUGCUGGAAAAGAUGGACGGCGUAACAGUGAUGCUAAGAAGAUAGAGUCUUCAAAUUCCGCCGAUGGGGUCGCUGAUCUCUCCGAAGUUUUCAAGGAUCUUGACACCUUCGACGAUCGCUUCUUCGUUCACAACCCCGUCAUCAUCUUCUCCAAUCAGGUCCGACAUGUUUUGUUGCGCUAUUAUGCCCUCUACAAGAAGCGUAAAGGAUUCGUUCAUCAUAUGACGGCAAGGGCGAUCUACAACAUCAAGCAGCUCUCUAAGCACCUGGAGAACGAUAGCAAGGCAAGUGCGAAAAAGUCAUCUUCAAAUUUGGCCGGAGACGAGAGCCGUUCCGAGCAUUCCAAAGGUGAUGAUAAUGGCUCCAAGAGCGGCGUUGAGCUUCUCACCGGUCUUCUGGACGACACCCAGCGUUACGUUCUGGAAGACAGCGCACGGCCACGGGCUGGCUCGAGUGCUACAUCCUACAAAGAUACCUUGGCAAAUGCGGUGCUCGACACUCACGUCAACCCUUGGGAGGGCAUUUCUGAGGCAUUCGAUGUCCACAGAUCCAACUUUUGUGUCUUUCUCAAGCCUCAGAUUGUCAUGAAGAGUCAGAUCGAUGAUACCUCGACGGUCAUUCUUACCGCGAUCAGGACUCGACUGCAGAACUUCGCCGUCGUUGACCCUAGCAUCUCCGAUGAGGACUCAGUCAAUCGAAGGGUGCUGUCUCGCAACUACUUCUCCAUGGACGGACUGCAAGCUUUCCACCCCGUCUCGCACAAGAACACACCUACUUCGAGGUUCGGCAGUGGCAGAGAAGCGGUCGGGGCUCAGCUGGCCGUGCCGCUGGAGACGUUGAUCGACUUGCGACAUGAGACGGGCGCCUUCAAUAGGAUCGUCAGCAGAACGGAUGCGAGUGUCCGUUACGACAAAUUCAACCGCCUGCGGUUGCACGACUCGACACGUCCCAUCACUUCGGAUGCUUGCCAUGAGGAACCCGGUCUCGAUCAUCUGCGUCAUUACAUGGACCUCUUGCGAGUGCGAUGCCCUCGCUUUGCCGUCUCAGCCAACUCUACCCACUUCGGUGCUCUGUACAAUAUUGUGACGGACUUGAUCCUUUAUCGUGCGCCGUCCUGGCAGGAGCGGGCAAAGCAAUUGCAGACGAUGCUGUUCAGCUACGACUUCAAGGACACCUCUAUGCUCGCUGACCUAGUCAAGGAUCUGCAAUGCCGCAUUCGGCGAGCUCUCGAGCUUGACGCGGAGUAUCAAUUCCAUUUCGACGAUCUCAACGAAGAUGGAAAGGCGGACCUCUUCAGGCUCAAGACGGAAUUAUCGGACCUCGUCGAUGAGCUUCUGCUGAUCGCAGAUGCCAUUACGGAGUCGGAGGAUGCCAAAGGAGAGGAAGACAAGGACAAGAAGUCUGCUCUUCGUCUGGAGGCACAUGCGCAGGACAUCUCAUGGAACAUGAUGGGUGAACAGGAGGGAGACCUCUUGGCCAAGCUCUCCAUCAAGGGGCCUAGCUUUACCUGGCUGAACAAGGCCGACAACUCGACUGCGAAUACUCUAUCGAUCAUCGAUCUCCAGGCAGUCGAUGUGCGGCCUGAUGCUCAUUUCCCCGAGAUCAUCACCAAGUGGAACAAGGCUUUAGACCAUCCCAUGGCUAGACAGGGCCGCUUUGUGAAUGCUGUCUGGUCUGAGAUGGCGCCUGUGGGUGGCAUCUCUCUCGUUGACCAAUUCGAAUUUGAUGUUCAUCCGCUGCAUCUACAACUCGAGAUCAAGACCGGUAGGCUCAUCAUGGCAUACAUCUUCGGCAGCAAACGACAUCGUGAGGAGGAAGAAGAAAAGAAGAAGAAGAUGCUGGAGGCCCAAGCCGAUAAGCUCUCUUCAGCCGCCCAGAAGAAGCGAUCGCCAUUUGCUCGACUGACUGGAGGCAGGUCUAGUGGCGACUUGAGUCGAAACAAUAGCGAAGUCGCUACACCAGCCGACGAGCCCUCUUCCCGUCGUACCUCGAUGUCGUCCAGCAAUGCCGAUCAACAAUCCACAUUCCGCAACAAGUCCGUCUCUCAAUCGGCAUCAGCGGAGGGUCGUCUCUCCGUAGCCGAGACAAAGAAGAGUGAUCGUAGCACCGAGCGUAGCAAUGUCAAUCUGCAUGGCAAUGGGAACGACUCUGGCGCCUCGGACGAUGAAGAGGAUCUCUCACAAUUUGCCAUUGCCAAGCGCAAUGCUGAAGAGAUGCGACAUCGCGCUUCGUCGAAUCUGACCUUUUUACUCUUCAAGUUGGCUGAAACGGUCUUUUGCCUCUCUUAUAAGGGUGAGAAGGAGAAGUCCAUCACAGACGUGUAUGACCUGGUGUUCAAGGCGCCUACGAUUGAAUAUCGCAAUCGCACAUGGACGUACGAAGACCUUGUGCAGCACAUCAAGAAGGACGUCUUCAGAGCCGCAUGGGGCCAAAGGACCACUAUUGUCAAGUCGAUCUUGUCUCAUCGGCCCAAGCGACCGGAAGCGCUGCGUAAUAUCAGAGAAAAGCAGAUGCUGCUCCUCAAAGGUUCCAAGGAGACCCGCAGUGUCUCUCCGCUGCAGUUGCACGUCCAGCCUCCCACGCCAAGAACCACCUCGCCUCUACUCGGUAAUGGGGAAGGCUGGAGUCUAGGUCAAGCUUCUGUAACCAAUCGCAGUCCGGACUCUGAAGAGCGGGGCGGAGAAUUCUUGACGAGAAUGGGCUCGAAUGCGCUCUCCCCGAACCUGGAAAGGGGUGGAAGUGAGAGCGACAGCCCUACCGAUGAAAGGAACGAGUCGCGACCUCUUCACUCUGACGAUGCUGGAGACCUAGCAACUACGGAGAGCUCGGCGAAGAGCGCACCAGUGAAGUUUGGCCGGUUCCUACAGACUCGCCUGAAUCGUGAUCGGUCACGCGAUGGGAGUGGCGGUGGCGGUAGCGGUGGUAGCACUGCCGCUGGCCCAGGGAGGAGGAACAUGCUGAGAUCGAGUUCGCGCUCACCUAGCCUCACACCAGCUGGAGGGGAAGCUCAGUCGCCGGCGAGCGAGACUUCCCCGUCCACUGCUGCACAGUCUCGCGAUUCGGCGUCGGCGUCACGGCCGUCGCCGAGACGAACUAUGUCGGGGAGCGGUAGCUCGAGGGGGCCAUCUAUGAGUGGAGAUCCAAGGUAGAUAAGCGGCACUUCCAUUUGAAUGAGUAGUGAGCUCGUGUCACAGUGUCUGUUUUACGUUACUAUUCCGCUGCAUCGUCAUGCUUUCCUCUGUACAAUGAAUGGUCUGUCUG